UCUCCUUCAAGUCUCCCCCUUUCUCCUCUCAAUUUCGUCAAAAAAGGAACAAAAUCAAACGGAGCGUACAAAAGAAAAUAUGUCUGAUUAUUUGCCUACAGAAGUGAUCAUCGAUAUCUUCAAAAGACUUCCAGUAAAAUCGGUGGUGAAAUGCAGGUCAGUUUGCAAGAGCUGGAACAGUAUCAUUUGCGACCCAUCGUUCAUUUCAACUCAUUUCCAAGCUUCCCUUUCGAUACCGUUCAACAACACACCCUUUCUCCUCAUCAGGUGCUUGAAAAAUGGCAAAGAAAACUAUUCUUUACACUACGAUAAUUAUGGGUUUGAUGAGUUCAAGCAGCUUCAAUGCCCUGCCUUUGAGUGUGUGUCGCAUUCUAUGUAUUUGGGUUGUUGCAAUGGGUUGAUUUGUCUUGGUUCUGAUUCCCAUGGUGAUAUGGAUUUUGUUUUCUGGAACCCUUCGAUUCGAAAGUACGUUUCUUUGCCGCAGCCUACCAUUGGCUGCAUCAAUUAUGUUUCGCCUUUAAAUUCUGCGUUCGGAUUUGGGUUUGAUUCGAGAACCAAUGAUUACAAGCUAAUUAUUGUUGGGGUUUACAAGGGUGAUAUUUUGUUUUCACUGAAUGAAAAUUGUUGGAAAAGGGUUGCUGCCAUUUCUCCCAAUUAUGCUGUUUCAAAUGAUACUUCACCGAUUUUCGUUCAUGGGGCUGUUCAUUGGUUAGGAUAUCAGUGUCAGAGAAGAAACAAUCUUAGGUUCACUAAUAAGAUUUUGGGGUUUGAUUUGAGUGCUGAGGACUUUUUUGAGAUAAGUUUGCCUGAGAGCUUAAUUGGUUGUUUUUAUAAGGAUUUGUCAAUUAUGAAAUAUAGGGAAUCUUCCAUUGCAGUGCUUAGUAAAGAUUUGGUAGAUGGUAAGUUGCAUGAGUUGUGGGUCAUGAAGGAGUACGGUGUGGUUGAAUCAUGGACUAAGGUGCUGACAUACCAUGUGGUUAAUCAAAGUAGAGAGUAUCGUGGCAUAUUGGGGUUUCGGAACAACGGGGAAGUUUUAUUGCAAGUGGGUGAUGGAGAGAUGGCUUCACUCGAUUUGAACUCUCAGCUAACUGAGCUUCACAGAGUUAAGAUCAGGACAGGGUUACUAUCUGUUGGUAGUUACGUGGAGAGCCUCAUGUUGCUAGACAAAGCAGUUGAUGUGCGCAAUGCGAGCGACGUGAAUCAUGCUAUAUAUUCAAGUGGUUCUGUUGAAUCAAGUGGGGGGAGAGUGAAGCGACAUAGGACCGGACCCUAAGGAACCAUGCAAAUAUAUGGGCCAUUAUGUUUGAAGCUUGGAUGCUUGAUUUCAUAUAAUGUGCAUCAUGACUCUGUUUAUGAUGUUUCGGU